AUGCGGGAGGCGAAACUGGAGCUUGACGCCAUGAGCUGGAACGCUGGGAUUAGGGCGUGCGAUAAGGGCGAGCAAUGGCAGCGGGCCUUGUCGCUACUCAGGGAGAUGCGCGGGGCGAAGUUGGAUCCCGAUAUUACCAGCUUUCACGCUGGGAUCAGCGCGUGUCGGGGACGCGGGCAAUGGCAACGUGCCUUGUCAGUGGUCCGCGAGAUGCGGGAGGCGGAGUUGGAUCCCGACGUCGUCAGCUACCGCGCUGGGAUCUUCGCAUGCCAGGAGGGUGGACAGUGGCAAUGUGCCUUGUCGGCUCUCAGCGAGAUGCGGGAGGCGAACUUGGAUGUCGACGUCCUCAGCUACCGCGCUGGGAUCAGCGCGUGCCAGAAAGGCGAACAGUGGCUACGUGCCUUGGUGCUGCUGGGCGAGCUGUGGGAGGCGAAGUUGGAGCCCGAAGUCUCGGCUACAGCGUUGGGGCCAGCGCGUAUGAGGAGGGCGACCGCUGGCAGCAGGCUCUGGCGCCACUCGGCGAGAUGCGGGAGGCGAAGCUGGAGCUCGACGUCGUCAGCUACGGUGCCCGCAUCAGUGCGUUCGGUGCACGUGGGCAGUGGCAGCGGGCGUUGGCACUCAUCGCCGACAUGCGAGAGGUUCAGGUGA